UGGAACCCGGCGGACGUGUGUACCGUGUGAUACAUUUGGCCUAUUACGUGUACAUGUGUGGCAAUACACAUACAUAUAUAUCUUUCAGUUAGUAAAAAUAGACGUCUGUAGUUUAAAAACGAUUCUUUUCAAUGGCCUCGGUGCACGAGAAACCAUCUGUUCCACUGAAUGGGAUUGUGCAAGGUGCUGACAAUAUUGAAAGUUUGGACACAGAUCCUGAGAAUAUUCCAUACCAUGCUCGAGAGAAUGCGCUUCCGUUCAGCUAUGGCAGCGUUCCUGUGGGUUUCCAUACCAGCGAUUUAAAUCAUGUGGGAGACACGGAACGUAUGGAGAAUAAAAUCGACUCUAGUAUAUAUCUGACAAGUCAAUCACCAACUGUGGAUGAUAAAGUCAACUCGAGAACAUAUCCGACGAGUCACUCAAUGACCGUGGAUGAUAACGACAAUACGAGUAUAUAUCCGACAAAUCAAUCAAUGACUCGAAGAAGCAAUCGUCCCAGCAUAUCUACAUCGUGUCCAUUGCUACGAAAGACCCCUACCCGGGAGGAGUUUGACGAUAUGCUAAUGGAACGCAAGCUACAGGCGGUGGAAGCGAAAAGAGAGUCUGCCAAGAAAUUGAUCGAGAGUAAACAAAUUCGGAAUGAUUUUGUUGAACAGCCAAGAGGAAAACAGGUUCAGAUUGUAGAACAAAACGUUCCAGCUUUAGAACUAUGUCCCAAUAACUUUCACUUGCAAUUCGUCGAAAAGAAGAGAUCAGAGACGCCGACAUUUCCAACUGCUCAAGCCACUUUGAGCUCGGACCGCUGCGUCAGCCCAUAUCCAGCUCCGGGUUUACCAAAUUCUACUUUAAUAUCUGGGGAAACUAUAGAGGACGUGCCAUAUUUCGAUUGCACCAUACACACCAAGGAGGUUGAACCGCAUUUAGUUAAAUUUGCCAAGGAUUCAUCAGAGUAUUGGUACAAGCCCAACAUGUCACGGGAGGAAGCUGUAGAUUUAUUGCGCAACGUGGUACCUGGAACAUUUCUUAUACGUAAUUCAACAACAUACCGUAAUGCCUUUGGACUUGUGUUACGCGUUGCGAAGCCACCUGCUGGCGUGGUUACCGGACCCGGAUAUGGCGAUGAGCUGGUUCGCCAUUUCCUUUUGGAGCCAACAACACGAGGUGUUCGACUAAUGGGAUGUACCAAUGAGCCCAUAUUUACAUCCCUAUCUGCCUUUGUAUACGAGCAUUCAAUUAACCAAAUGUCUCUGCCGUGUACUCUCAUAAUACCAGAUCAGGAUAUCUUGUUUACCUCCAAUAAUCAAGAAAUAAUAUCCAAGCAAAAACAAAUAAUGGUUCAAGGUGCCGCUUGUAAUGUCCUCUAUUUGUUCCAAACCGAUAUGGAAUCUUUGACCGGUGAUGAUGCCGUACGAAAGGCUGUCCUUGAAAUGUACUCGGAAUACAAACGACCAAUUCCCCUAGAGGUACAUUUAAAGAUAUCUGGCGAGGGAAUUACCUUAACGGAUAAUACGCGCACACAAUUUUUCCGUCGACACUAUCCAGCAAAGAAUAUUUCCCACUUCUGUAUGGAUCCCAACAAUCACCUGUGGAGUGUCGCUGCCUCCGACGAGGGAUUGCAGCGCUCAGUCAACAAAUCAAUAUUUGCAUUUAUAGCUCGGCCGUUGACCGGAUCGAAGGAUAACCAAUGUCACAUCUUUUGUGAUCUGUCUUCCAGACAACCUGCUUCCGCCAUUGUUUCAUUCGCCCAUAAAGUUCUUCCACUUCAGAAUUCCGGCAAUAAUAUGAUAUGAGUUAUUGUACUCGUAUUCAUAGUCUUUAACCACUUCUGUUAUUUUCUAUUCAUUUUUUUUUUAAUUUUAA